CGCCCAAACAUUCGUAAACAGAGGAGACCCGGAAGUGGGCGGGAAGAACGCGGAAAUGGGCAUCUAACCCUACCCCUAAACGUCAUCAGGAAUGCGCCCAUGAGAGCGCUAUUAGAUUGGCUGGAGGGAGGGCGGUGUCGGCCUACGCCCCCAGAGUCUUCCGGCUGACGCUAGCGGUGGAGCGGUUUGUGUGGGCUUGGUGAGGGCGGGGAGGCCUGGCUGUGUGGAUGUCUGACAGGUGAGGCGGGGGACGCAGAAGUGCAGCCGCCCUCUCCCACAGCGGAGUCCAAAACAGGCCUACCAAAACUGCAUAAAACAUAACUGUAUAAUUUGAUGAAUUUCCACAAACAGAAUAUAUCUAGGUCAGUUCUUAUUUCUAUUGGGUGUUUCCAUGCUCCACCAUGUUAAGAGCUAAGAAUCAGCUUUUUUUACUUUCACCUCAUUACCUGAGGCAGGUAAAAGAAUCAUCAGGCUCCAGGCUCAUACGGCAACGACUUCUACACCAGCAACAGCCCCUUCACCCAGAAUGGGCUGCCCUGGCUAAAAAGCAGCUGAAAGGCAAAAACCCAGAAGACCUAAUAUGGCACACCCCGGAAGGGAUCUCUAUAAAACCCUUGUAUUCCAAGAGAGAUACUAUGGACUUACCUGAAGAACUUCCAGGAGUGAAGCCAUUCACACGUGGACCAUAUCCUACCAUGUAUACCUUUAGGCCCUGGACCAUCCGCCAGUAUGCUGGUUUUAGUACUGUGGAAGAAAGCAAUAAGUUCUAUAAGGACAACAUUAAGGCUGGUCAGCAGGGAUUAUCAGUUGCCUUUGAUCUGGCAACACAUCGUGGCUAUGAUUCAGACAACCCUCGAGUUCGUGGUGAUGUUGGAAUGGCUGGAGUUGCUAUUGACACUGUGGAAGAUACCAAAAUUCUUUUUGAUGGAAUUCCUUUAGAAAAAAUGUCAGUUUCCAUGACUAUGAAUGGAGCAGUUAUUCCAGUUCUUGCAAAUUUUAUAGUAACUGGAGAAGAACAAGGUGUACCUAAAGAGAAACUUACUGGUACCAUCCAAAAUGAUAUACUAAAGGAAUUUAUGGUUCGAAAUACAUACAUUUUUCCUCCAGAACCAUCCAUGAAAAUUAUUGCUGACAUCUUUGAAUAUACAGCAAAGCACAUGCCAAAAUUUAAUUCAAUUUCAAUUAGUGGAUACCAUAUGCAGGAAGCAGGGGCUGAUGCCAUUCUGGAGCUGGCCUAUACUUUAGCAGAUGGAUUGGAGUACUCUAGAACUGGACUCCAGGCUGGCCUGACAAUUGAUGAAUUUGCACCAAGGUUGUCUUUCUUCUGGGGAAUUGGAAUGAAUUUCUAUAUGGAAAUAGCAAAGAUGAGAGCUGGUAGAAGACUCUGGGCUCACUUAAUAGAGAAAAUGUUUCAGCCUAAAAACUCAAAAUCUCUUCUUCUAAGAGCACAUUGUCAGACAUCUGGAUGGUCACUUACUGAGCAGGAUCCCUACAAUAAUAUUGUCCGUACUGCAAUAGAAGCAAUGGCAGCAGUAUUUGGAGGGACUCAGUCUUUGCACACAAAUUCUUUUGAUGAAGCUUUGGGUUUGCCAACUGUGAAAAGUGCUCGAAUUGCCAGGAACACACAAAUCAUCAUUCAAGAAGAAUCUGGGAUUCCCAAAGUGGCUGAUCCUUGGGGAGGUUCUUACAUGAUGGAAUGUCUCACAAAUGAUGUUUAUGAUGCUGCUUUAAAGCUCAUUAAUGAAAUUGAAGAAAUGGGUGGAAUGGCCAAAGCUGUAGCUGAGGGAAUACCUAAACUUCGAAUUGAAGAAUGUGCUGCCCGAAGACAAGCUAGAAUAGAUUCUGGUUCUGAAGUAAUUGUUGGAGUAAAUAAGUACCAGUUGGAAAAAGAAGACGCUGUAGAAGUUCUGGCAAUUGAUAAUACUUCAGUGCGAAACAGGCAGAUUGAAAAACUUAAGAAGAUCAAAUCCAGCAGGGAUCAAGCUUUGGCUGAACGUUGUCUUGCUGCACUAACCGAAUGUGCUGCUAGCGGAGAUGGAAAUAUCCUGGCUCUUGCAGUGGAGGCAUCUCGGGCAAGAUGUACAGUGGGAGAAAUCACAGAUGCCCUGAAAAAGGUAUUUGGUGAACAUAAAGCGAAUGAUCGAAUGGUGAGUGGAGCAUAUCGCCAGGAAUUUGGAGAAAGUAAAGAGAUAACAUCUGCUAUCAAGAGGGUUCAUAAAUUCAUGGAACGUGAAGGUCGCAGACCUCGUCUUCUUGUAGCAAAAAUGGGACAAGAUGGCCAUGACAGAGGAGCAAAAGUUAUUGCUACAGGAUUUGCUGAUCUUGGUUUUGAUGUGGACAUAGGCCCUCUUUUCCAGACUCCUCGUGAAGUGGCCCAGCAGGCUGUGGAUGCAGAUGUGCAUGCUGUGGGCGUAAGCACCCUCGCUGCUGGUCAUAAAACCCUAGUUCCUGAACUCAUCAAAGAACUUAACUCCCUUGGACGGCCAGAUAUUCUUGUCAUGUGUGGAGGGGUGAUACCACCUCAGGAUUAUGAAUUUCUGUUUGAAGUUGGUGUUUCCAAUGUAUUUGGUCCCGGGACUCGAAUUCCAAAGGCUGCCGUUCAGGUGCUUGAUGAUAUUGAGAAGUGUUUGGAAAAGAAGCAGCAAUCUGUAUAAUAUCCUCUUUCUGUUUUAGCUUUUGUCUAAAAUAUUAUUUUAGUUAUGAUCAAAGAAGAGAGUAAAGCUAUGUCUUCAAUUUAAUUUCAAUACCUGAUUUGUACUUUCCUUGAAGGCUUUACUUUAAAAUACCUUACUUAUAGGCCUGGUGUCAUGCUAUAAGUAUGUACAUACAGUUUCACUUCAAAAAUAAAAAAAAAAAAAAUCCCUAAAAACUCUCUAUAACAAUACUUUAUCAAGAACUCUGGACAAUGGUAUUAUUUUUAAAAAUCAUGGUGAUGUAUUUAUUAGAAUGUUUCUUAUAAAUCUGUUUACUUUUUAUAUUAAGAAUUAAACUGUACCUAAAAAAACUCUGACUAUUCCCAUUUGUCAGUUUAGCAUUACAUUGUCUUGAGCACCAGAAAAUAAGAUCCAUAUAUUAAUAAAAACCUAUCUUGAAAAAC